GAUAGCCCUGAAAGAAACGCGAGCUUUUCGGGCUCGGACACACUGAGGGCGACCUUCAGCAAUCUUCACUGUUCAGCCAAAGGAAAACGCGAAGCUGCGGCAGAGGCGUCCGGAAUCAUUUAAGUCUCAAGAUCUGUCGGCGAUUCCCAACGUAUAACAGACGCAGUUUGAAAAUGCUCUUGAUAAACAAUGUAGGAAGCAACGCCAGAAACGAUUCCUUUCGACGCGCAUCUUCUCAUUGUGCCCUGGUUAUCUGAAGAUCAGAUUCAAAGAUAUAUUUUUCUCGAAGAAACGUUUGUCUCGCUGUGGGAAUAAAUGAGGCUGAUUGCUACAGAAUUGUUUCAGUUACAUAGCAGUAGCUUAUUGCAGUUGCCCGAAAGUUAUUGAACAAUAGGAGUGAAGUGGUCUUACAUGGACAUUAACCGUUUUAAUCUGCUGUCUUUCAACUAGUGGAUGAUGGACAGAUUGAUGGAAAGCUCUUGCGUCCCAUCUCGCAGGCAAUAGGGGAAAGAAUGUGUCGCGUUUCUACCAUUGUUCCUCUAAACUCGGAGGCUUGCCGACACUUUUUUUUAAAGCUCUUUAUGCAAACUUAUAAGCGCCGGGACGUCCCAGUUAUGAGGCGCCUGUGACCAGCAGCAUCAUGAAAUUAGUUCUGGGAUUCAAGACUCUGUGGUUUCUGGCGUUCUCUUCACUUUCCCACACACUGGCAGUAAAUAACAGUGGGAGAUGGUGGGGAAUUGUAAACAUUGCGUCUUCUUCGAACCUAUUGAUCGACUCGAAAUAUGUCCAACUGGUCUUGGAUCCAAGCUUGCAGCUGCUGAGCAGAAAGCAGAGGAAACUGAUCCGGCAGAACCCGGGCAUAUUGCACAGUAUCACAGGAGGGCUGCAGAACGCCAUCAGAGAGUGCAAAUGGCAAUUCCGCAGUCGACGCUGGAACUGUCCAACAUCUCAAACUCCUAACGUCUUCGGCAAAAUCGUUAACCGAGGCUGCCGGGAGACGGCCUUCAUUUUCGCGCUGACCAGUGCGGCAGUGACUCAUUCGGUAUCUCGCUCGUGUUCCGAGGGCUCCAUUGAGUCGUGUACGUGCGAUUACCGACGGCGGGGACCCGGCGGACCAGACUGGCACUGGGGUGGGUGCAGUGACAACAUUGAUUUCGGCCGCGUCUUUGGCCGCGAGUUCGUGGACUCAAGCGAAAGGGGACGAGACCUGCGCUAUCUGACCAACCUGCACAACAACGAGGCUGGCAGACUGACAGUCCAUGCCGAGAUGAGACAGGAAUGUAAGUGCCAUGGAAUGUCUGGCUCUUGCACGGUUAAAACCUGUUGGAUGCGGCUCCCCACCUUUCGGACAGUGGGUGACUUGCUAAAAGACCGGUUUGACGGCGCCUCCCGUGUGACCUAUAGCAACAAAGGCAGUAACCGCGCCUCCUGGGCAGACAUGCGGCACCUGGAACCCGAGAACCCUGCUCACAAGCCACACUCUCCCCAGGACCUGGUCUACUUCGAGAAGUCACCCAACUUCUGUACAGCCAACAGCAAAAUGGGCACCACAGGUACCAGGGGCCGAGUCUGCAAUAACACCUCGCUGGGCUUGGACGGCUGCGACUUGUUGUGCUGUGGGAGGGGAUUCCGUACUCUGACCAAAAGAGUCACCGAGAGAUGUCACUGUACUUUCCAUUGGUGCUGCCACGUCAGCUGCCUGAACUGCACGACCACACAGACUCUGCACGAGUGCGUCUGAGCGCCAGGGCGCCGUCUUCUGGAGGUCUGGCAACAGGAGCACAGGUUGACUCAGUCACGGGGACAUCUGGAGGCAGUAGGGCGGGAUACAAUAAAGGGGCCUUUCUCCGGAGCAGUAAACGACUCAUCGCCAAGAAAAGCUACCAGUAAUAGAUAGGUACUUCAAGGAGACCCUUGGUUCGUAAAGAUUCGCUCAGUGCGUCUAGGAUAAACACAAAUGUUGCAUCAGGCAACGCAACUUAGUAAGGUUUGAGACUGUCCACUAAAAAAUUACUCCUCAGGACGCGAACCUGUUGGGGACUUGUGCCAUACCCUCUUCCUCUCCCCAAAAUAAAACAUUGUACAAAGAUAUCUAUAUUAAACUUAUAAUUUAUU